AUGGCCGAAUCUGAUGGCGGUGCAUGUGCUCAUGAUGUAACGUUCGCAGGAAUGUGCUGCCAGUGUUAUCGCAUCGUAUCAGCUGCACAGGAAGAGGCCAAGGCCAUGCAGCGUCCGGGGUUUCUCACAACAUCUUUAGAUUUGCAGGUGUCCGAAUCACUCCUCUCGAGUCUGGAUGCUGAUGAGCAAAUCCGCCGGUCGUCGGAAAGAAAGCUAGUACUUGUCAUGGACCUGGAUCACACCUUGGUGACUGCUGACAUACGGAGUUUUCCAUCAAAGAUGAAGAUUCGGAAGCGGCCCGGCGUAGACGAUUUCCUUCAGGCGACGAGGGACACCUGCGAGAUUUAUGUCUACACGCAAGCAACGGGCGCCUAUGCACAGAAGGACCUGUCGCAGAUCUUGCCAAAGGAUGCAACUUCUGCCUUGAUCGUGGAUGACCGCGAGGAGGUUUGGCCGGUGGUUGUCCGCGAGUCUCAGCUGCUCAAGGUCAUCCCCUAUCUGCCAUUUGAAGGGGAUGCCCGUCAGCAUCUGGACUUUGAGGGCAAGCUCACCGGUGCAAUUGCGGCUGAUCCCUCCACCGCUGCCUUACCCUGGUCCGAGUUUUGGCUUUGGUUGGCGGUCUUCCUCCCCAGCGCGGGGGAGGAUUCCACGGGAGCGGAAGGGAGAAGCGUCGCCUCCUCUUUGCCGUCGUUGCGAAGCAGGACGCUUCAGGGUUGCCGCCUCUGCCUCACCGGUUUCUUUCGCUCCGAUCUCCAAUGGCCCGAGCGAUUGGGCGCUAAGCUGGUGACAGCUCCGGAGAAUGCGACGCACGUGGUGGCGGCAAGACGAACGGAGAAGUGGUUCAAGGCACUGGCACUCCAGCAAGGAGGUGGGCUUUCUAUCGUGCACCCUGGCUGGCUGCUCUAUGCGGUGGUCACGUGGCGGAGGCCUUGCGAAGAGAAGUUCCCGUUCCCCAAGGAGGGCAGCUGCAAGAGCUUCCUUGACAUCUGGGGCUCUGAGGCUCCAGGUCCGGAGGAUAGCCUGGAGGCGUCGAAAAAGGGAUCGUCUGGACGCGCUUUGGUCGCGGCCGAAAUGGAGGCACUGGUCUUGCAGCUCCGGGAAGUUGGAGCAAGACGGGAUCUCGCUUGGUUGGAUUGGGUGUCUGGGGAAAUCCGGCAGCGCCGCUUCCAGCUGAAGCCGGCUGUUGGCGAGCAUCCUUGCUUUGCGGGCUUCACAUCCAUGAUCCAGGACUCCGGUCGCUGCGGGGGAUGGCAGCGAACUUAUCCGGAGGUGGGACAGAAGAGGGCCUACCUGAACGUAGGCAUGGGCAGGCGCAGCGAGUUCACGCUCGAGGAUCUGGUGGCCGCGCACAUCAACGUAUGGGCCGAGGAGGGAUCCACCGAUCUUCAGCGCGAUGUCGCUGUGAAGGCGGCAGAAAUCUAUGCCAAUGUCCACAAUGUGGACGAGCUGAAGCCAGCAGCUGGGAGCGCCAGCUGGAUGGAGCACGAAUGCAAGGUGAUGGGAGAGAUGCCGUUCAUGUACACCUGCUCCAAUCGAAUCAACGUCUUGCUGCAGCGCUGUGGCUUCGACAAUGCAUUCGUGAUGGCCCAUGACUUCUUGGUGAACUUUCCCGGGCCCGUCAACAACAAGUCCAGUACCAACGCCGACAUUAUCUUCUACCUGUGCCAAGAGCUCGUGGACGUGAAUCCGAACCCUUACCACGUCGCGAACACCUUCGCGCAUGAGCUCGCGCAUGUCAUUCAGGGAGGUUUCGGAACCAGCACCACCGUGAUGAUGGAGGGCGGUGCUACCUGGCUCGAGGGCAGCUUGCUCAACCUGGCGCCCCGGCCCAUGGUCUAUGCCUGGGGAUUCCGUGACUGGAAUCGCAUCAAUGCCGCGCACAUCUAUGCUCAGACAAAGAGGAAGAACGCUCGCAAGUUUUACCAAAUCCACGCCAUGCUGCUCACCUACCUCUCGCAGGCCGAGCUUCUGGGCGACUUUGGCGCGAGCGCGCUGCAGAACUAUCAGGUUUUCAGCUCAGAGCUGCUACCUUUUGGGAGGAACACCUACGAUUACUACUUCCAUUACGUGGGCCAGUCCCAGCCGCAGUCGCUGGAGACUCUCCACAUGGAUGCCGGCCGGCGCAUAGUUCUGGCUGAUUCUUACCUGGCAGAUGUAUUUCGAACAUUGUCUAGUUGUCGUCUUUGA